GAGAUGGCCUGGCUCAAAGCCCACGUCGGCUGGUUACAAGGCGAAGGUUUCAACCACGGAUCUGGGUGAAGCUGACGUUUUUCGUUGGGGCUCUGGUGCUGAUCUGCUCGGGUGUUUUGGCCGUCGUUCUUUGGAGGCUGUCGAAAACAACCUUGACUGGAGAGAUUCGAGAGAGACUUGAAACUGUCGCAAGCCUUCGUCAAGAGCAGAUACUCUCCUACAUCAUCGGAACUCAAGAUACGGUGAAGCUGAUUGCGUCUCGCGUUGUCAUUUCAUCCCUGAUGCUCAUGCACAAGCAAAGGAAGUCCAAUUUGACGAAAAAUGACUACAAGAUGGGCACAGAGAAUCUGGAUUCUGCUGUCAUGAGUGCAGCUAAUGUCAUGGCGUUAGGAGCCUACAGCGUCGAGGGUGAACUUUUGUUUUCCAGCAAGCAGCCAACUGAUGUGGAGCCGCUGCCAAAACGUUUGCACGGGCGAGCACUGAUUGUGCAGUAUCGGAACACGUCAGUGUGGUCUGGGAUUCCCUAUGCAGGACAGAAUAAUACAUUCCUGAUUGACAUUACAGCUUCUGUUGACUAUCAGGACACCUUUUGUGGAAUUAUUCUGGCUAAAGUUGAUGCUGAGAAUUUCAAGCGAACUGUGCAUGAUGGGACGGGUCUUCAGUCCACUGGAGAGCUUCUUGUUGCAUAUGUCAAUGAUGGCGAGGACGUGGCGAAGUUUAUAGUUCCUCCGAUCAAGGAUCCAUCAGUGAAAAACUCGACUUUCAAUGGUGCUGCCUUCAGAGCAGGGAGGGGGCAGACUGGAUAUUACCAAGGGGUUGACUUUCGUGGUAUCGAGGUCGUUGCUUCCUACCGGCCCAUUGGCUAUGACUCCUGGGGUCUGGCAGCUACAAUUGACAAAGGAGAAGUAUACAACUCUAUAAGAAAGUUCGAGAAGAUCAUUAUCAUUUCAAUGUCCUUCAUCUUUGUGCUGGGGAUCCUCGCAGCCUAUGCCUUAGCCACGUAUUUCUCCCGUCCGAUCAUGGAGCUUGGCGAUGCAGCGAGCAAACUGGCACGGGGUGAUUACAGUGCAAGAGCACAUGGGCGACGAGGCUGCUUGAAGGACGAGAUUGAUGAGCUCUGCUGUGUGUUCAAUGACAUGGCUGAUCAGAUCUCCAGCUCUUACACUACUUUGGAACAAAAGGUGGUGGAACGCACGCAAGACCUGGCACUUCUGAAUCAGGGUCUUUCCGCUGAGGUGGAAGAGAGGAAGAGUGUUGAGCUACAGCUUCAGGAUGCCAAGGAGCAGGCAGUUUCAGCUGACAAGGCGAAAUCAGAGUUUCUGGCAAACAUGUCUCAUGAGAUCAGAACACCGUUGAAUGGCAUCAUCAACUGCACUGAGCUUUGCUUGGACACUGCUCUCAGCUCUGAGAAGAUCGAGUAUCUUGAGCUCUCCUUGUACUCAGCCAAGCAUCUUUUGCGCUUAAUUGCUGACAUUUUGGACUUCAGCAAAAUCGAAGCAGGGAAAAUGGACCUGGAGAACAUCGAGUUCUCAUUACAGGACCAGAUGGAACAUGCUGUAUCUGUUCUGGCGAAUCGGGCAAGGAAGAAGGGCCUUGCACUCGUAUCAUGGCUGAGGUCUCCGAACAUGCCAGAAAAUUUCAUGGGUGACCCUGGACGCCUUCUUCAGAUCUUCAUCAACCUUUUGGGUAAUGGGAUCAAGUUUACUGAGAAGGGGGAGGUUUUGCUAACUGCGACACUUGUUGCCCUCAAGGAUCAGACCGCAGAGGUUCUUUUUGCUGUUAAAGACACAGGAAUUGGCAUACCUCAAGCCAAGCAGUGUCUUUUGUUUCAAGCGUUCAGUCAAGUGCAUGCAUCAGAUUCACGGCUGUAUGGAGGGACGGGACUGGGAUUGAUGAUCUCAUCUCGCCUGGCUAAUGCAAUGGGUGGCCACAUGUGGGUUGAGAGUGAAGAGGGUUGCGGGUCAACCUUCUGUUUCACGGCCAAGUUCACUGUACCACCUGAGCCUGCAAAACCGUCAUUAUUGGCUCAGUGUGGCACUCUGUGUCCGAAGAUGAACCACUUCCGCGGGCUUGUUGUGGAUGGGAAUGAAUCAACCAGGAAGUCCAUCCUUUCGACUCUUGAGAAGCUGAAACUCAAGGCAGACGAUGCAGCUGAUGCAACCUCCGCUCUGGAAAUGCUCCAAAAGGCAGCAUAUGACGAGUCGCCAUACACUCUCCUCAUUCUCGACUCUGAAGUCAGGGACACCCACCAUGUUUCCUCCUCCUCAUCCUCCCCCUCCUGCUCCUCCUCCUACGAUAACUGUGCUGUCUCCUCCGCCAACUGUGCGAAGCUGCUGCGCCGCAUCAAGGAGCAGAAUCUGCUCCAUCAGGACAACACCGGAUGCCGAAUUUCAGAAGGAAACUGCAGUAGUAGCGGUGCUGUGCAAGAGAUGGAGGAUUUCACUGGGCGCUCCGAGUCCCCUGUGCCUGCUUGGCUGUUCUCUGGGGAGCAGGAAAGGGCAGCAGCAAUAGAAGAAGAGCCUGAUGCCAGUGUGCUCUCUUCAGGAACAGGUGGAAAUGCCCCAGCAAAAAGACUGGGUGAGAGUUCUGGUCCGGAUGAGCUGCAGUCAGCUCAAAGGGUGGAUUCACAAACAGCCACAGCUGACAGUGGAGGAGUGAUGCAGCUGCAGAGAUGCGGCCGGGCACAGGCUUCCUGCUCUGCUGCUGACGGGUGUCGACCCAAGUCUUGCGAAGAGGACUUGGCGCUGCCUGUGGUGUUGCUGACACCAGGAGGUCCUGACGACAAGCUCUUGUGUAAGGAACUCGGGGUGCAACUCUAUCUACCCAAGCCUGUGAAGAGGAAAGUGCUUCUGCGAAGAGUCAAGCAGGCCUUGAAGCUCCCCCUGCAGGACGGGCUCUAUGCCUCAAAUUCAAGUGCUUCAGAGGAGGCAUCGGCAUCAGCAGCGGCUGAGAGGAGUCUCAAGGUCCUGGUUGCAGAAGACAACAUUGUCAACCAGCGGGUAGCCAUGACCCUGCUGCGCAAGUGGGGGCAUGAGGCGGUUCUGGCCAGUGAUGGUGAAGAAGCCCUGGAGAAGGUUCAGACAGGAGUGUUUGAUGUGAUACUAAUGGAUGUGAGUGCAAAUGCCUGUCUGCGAUGGCCUACAAGCAACCAGGAGGAUUCGUGA